GGAGAGAGAGGCAGCGUGAGCGCGAGGAAGGUAGCGAGGCCAGCGUCGCCCCGGAACUCGCUGCUCAAGUCUGUCUAUUGCCUGCCGCCACCUCCAUCCUAGCAGGGCCCCGUCGCCCACCAGGCGGACAAAAGCGGUCCGCUGAACACCAUGCGGCCGCUCGGCGUGCAGCCCAGGCUCUGCUGGUGAGCGCCGCCACCCCGCGCCCAGGUCCCGCGAGCCCGCCUGCCGCGCACCUCGCCCUGCUCCCAGCUCUGCUCCAGGCCCCGUCCGCCCGGGGGCGCCGCCCACCGCGCCUCGCUCGGGCCGUUGCCGUCUGCACCCAGACCUUGAGCCGCCGCCGCCGGCCAUGGAGGUGGCGCCGGAGCAGCCGCGCUGGAUGGCGCACCCGGCCGUGCUGAAUGCGCAGCACCCCGACUCACACCACCCGGGCCUGGCGCACAACUACAUGGAACCCGCGCAGCUGCUGCCUCCAGACGAGGUGGACGUCUUCUUCAAUCACCUCGACUCGCAGGGCAACCCCUACUAUGCCAACCCCGCUCACGCGCGGGCGCGCGUCUCCUACAGCCCCGCGCACGCCCGCCUGACCGGAGGCCAGAUGUGCCGCCCACACUUGUUGCACAGCCCGGGUUUGCCCUGGCUGGACGGGGGCAAAGCAGCCCUCUCUGCCGCUGCGGCCCACCACCACAACCCCUGGACCGUGAGCCCCUUCUCCAAGACGCCACUGCACCCCUCAGCUGCUGGAGGCCCUGGAGGCCCACUCUCUGUGUACCCAGGGGCUGGGGGUGGGAGCGGGGGAGGCAGCGGGAGCUCAGUGGCCUCCCUCACCCCUACAGCAGCCCACUCUGGCUCCCACCUUUUCGGCUUCCCACCCACGCCACCCAAAGAAGUGUCUCCUGACCCUAGCACCACGGGGGCUGCGUCUCCAGCCUCAUCUUCCGCGGGGGGUAGUGCAGCCCGAGGAGAGGACAAGGACGGCGUCAAGUACCAGGUGUCACUGACGGAGAGCAUGAAGAUGGAAAGUGGCAGUCCCCUGCGCCCAGGCCUAGCCACUAUGGGCACCCAGCCUGCUACACACCACCCCAUCCCCACCUACCCCUCCUAUGUGCCGGCGGCUGCCCACGACUACAGCAGCGGACUCUUCCACCCCGGAGGCUUCCUGGGGGGACCGGCCUCCAGCUUCACCCCUAAGCAGCGCAGCAAGGCUCGUUCCUGUUCAGAAGGCCGGGAGUGUGUCAACUGUGGGGCCACAGCCACCCCUCUCUGGCGGCGGGACGGCACCGGCCACUACCUGUGCAAUGCCUGUGGCCUCUACCACAAGAUGAAUGGGCAGAACCGGCCACUCAUCAAGCCCAAGCGAAGACUGUCGGCCGCCAGAAGAGCCGGCACCUGUUGUGCAAAUUGUCAGACGACAACCACCACCUUAUGGCGCCGAAACGCCAACGGGGACCCUGUCUGCAACGCCUGUGGCCUCUACUACAAGCUGCACAAUGUUAACAGGCCACUGACCAUGAAGAAGGAAGGGAUCCAGACUCGGAACCGGAAGAUGUCCAACAAGUCCAAGAAGAGCAAGAAAGGGGCGGAGUGCUUCGAGGAGCUGUCAAAGUGCAUGCAGGAGAAGUCGUCCCCCUUCAGUGCAGCUGCCCUGGCUGGACACAUGGCACCUGUGGGCCACCUCCCGCCCUUCAGCCACUCCGGACACAUCCUGCCCACUCCGACGCCCAUCCACCCCUCCUCCAGCCUCUCCUUCGGCCACCCCCACCCGUCCAGCAUGGUGACCGCCAUGGGCUAGGGAACAGAUGGACGUCGAGGACCGGGCACUCCCGGGAUGGGUGGACCAAACCCUUAGCAGCCCAGCAUUUCCCGAAGGCCGACACCACUCCUGCCAGCCCGGCUCGGCCCAGCACCCCCUCUCCUGGAGGGCGCCCAGCAGCCUGCCAGCAGUUACUGUGAAUGUUCCCCACCGCUGAGAGGCUGCCUCCGCACCUGACCGCUGCCCAGGUGGGGUUUCCUGCAUGGACAGUUGUUUGGAGAACAACAAGGACAACUUUAUGGAGAGAAAAGGAGGGGAUGGGACAGACGAAGGCAACCAUUUUUAGAAGGAAAAAGGAUUAGGCAAAAAUAAUUUAUUUUGCUCUUGUUUCUAACAAGGACUUGGAGACUUGGUGGUCUGAGCUGUCCCAAGUCCUCCGGUUCUUCCUCGGGAUUGGCGGGUCCACUUGCCAGGGCUCUGGGGGCAGAUUUGUGGGGACCUCAGCCUGCACCCUCUUCUCCUCUGGCUUCCCUCUCUGAAAUAGCCGAACUCCAGGCUGGGCUGAGCCAAAGCCAGAGUGGCCACGGCCCAGGGAGGGUGAGCUGGUGCCUGCUUUGACGGGCCAGGCCCUGGAGGGCAGAGACAAUCACGGGCGGUCCUGCACAGAUUCCCAGGCCAGGGCUGGGUCACAGGAAGGAAACAACAUUUUCUUGAAAGGGGAAACGUCUCCCAGAUCGCUCCCUUGGCUUUGAGGCCGAAGCUGCUGUGACUGUGUCCCCUUACUGAGCGCAAGCCACAGCCUGUCUUGUUUGUCAGGUGGACCCUGUAAAUACACCCUUUUUCUGCUAACCCUUCAACCCCCUCGCCUCCUACUCUGAGACAAAAGAAAAAUAUUAAAAAAAUGCAUAAGCUUAA